UUUUCUUUCGCGAAGGAUGUUAAAUUAUUCACGGGAUACUAAUGAUUUCAUGUUGCUCUACCGACAGACAUAUAAAUCUAUCAGUAGGGAGAGCUCGCAAUGAAUUUCUUCGAGCCUCAAUAUCCAAACUAGAAACCAGUAUAUUCUACAACAUAACCUCAAUACGCCAUACUUCCACCAAGCGAUCCCCAUCCGAUGGCGAAGGGAUCAAAGGCACCACCCCCACCGAAACAGCGUACAAGAUGCUGGUGGUGCGUACCUUCUCAGGAAUUGCAGGGAAGAGACGGCUGGUUUAAAAACCCCAGAGACACAACUUUCACCAUCGACUCAAAAAUCAACGGCAAGAAUAAGCCAUCCGGCUACGACAGCAACUCGCUCAUCAUGAUUCUCCGAGUGUCGCAAGCCCUCAUCGCUAUCGUAGUAUUCUGUCUCUACGUCUGCACGUAUUCGGUCCCCGUUGUCUGGCACAAUUAUUAUACGGCUGGCUUAGUCUUCUUGUCUGUCUUUUGGAGCAUUUUCGCGCUUUUCCUUCGACAUAUCUGGUCAAUAUUGUUGGCCAUACUAGAGAUCGUGAUGGCUGUUGGGUGGAUUGUACUGUUCGCCAUAACCUCGCUGUCAACACCGGAUGAAUCGAAGGAAGUGACGUUCCAUUUAUCACUCAUGGUCAUAGAAGUUUCUAUGGUGGCAUGGUUCCCGACCUUCUUGCUGGCAAUUACGCCCUUCUUCCACUGGCUUAUGCCUUGCCUAUUUCAAGUGCAAAGUCGCCGAGAUGUUGACCUUAAUGCGGGCGGUGCCCAAGAGAUGGUAAGGUUAGCCCGAGUGAUAGACAAUAUCGUAGUGGCUAAUAAUGAAUAGCAAAUGAAUCCCCCAAGAGAUCCGCCAAGGCCGCCAGGCCCGUCCGCCCCGGCUACCCCGUCCGCCCCGACUGCCCCGGCUGCCCCAGCUGCCCCGGCUGCCCCGGCUAACC